GAUACGGUUACCGGGCUUAUUCCUGCUUCACUGUCAAAUUCGCACGCUUGGAUAAGAGAUAAUGUGUACAUGUCAUUCUCGAUCUGGGGCCUUUCACUAGCAUACCGCAAGGUACCAGAUGUAGAUGAGGAUCGGUCUCGAGGAUAUGAAUUGGAAAAGUGUGUGGUUAAUUUGAUGAGAGGAAUUUUGAAGUGUUACAUGUACCAAUCAGAAAAGGUGGAAAACUUCAAAAAAACCCAACUUCCCUGUUCGUCUUUACAUGCGAAAUUCGAUUCUCGGACUUGUAAGGCCGUAGUUGGGGACUUUGAAUGGGGCCAUCUUCAAAUCGAUGCCGUUUCUUUGUAUCUUCUUGCUCUCGCUCAAAUGACGGCUUCAGGACUUCGUAUAAUAUGGACUGUUGAUGAAGUUGCAUUUAUUCAAAAUCUUGUUUUCUAUAUCGAACCGGCCUCAAGAAUUCCGGAUUAUGGUAUUUGGGAACGUGGUGAUAAAACCAAUCAUGGUCUUCCUGAACUGAAUUCCAGCUCCGUGGGACUUGCCAAAGCAGCUUUAGAAUCUUUGAAUGGUCUGGAUCUUUUCGGUCCUCAAGGUGGUGUGAGCUCCACAAUUCACUGUCUCAUGGAUGAAAGCCAGAAAUGUAACACUGUCCUAGAAAAUAUGCUUCCAAGGGAGUCCUACUCUAAGGAAACUGAUGCAGCUCUUCUGGGAAUCAUCAGUUAUCCAGGUUUCGCUGUCGCAGACGAAGCAAUAAUCGAGCAGACACGCAACACCAUUUUGUCAAAACUUCUUGGCAGCUAUGGCUGCAUUCGUUUUCUUCGUGAUGGUUAUAAAACUGCGAGAGAGGACCCAAGUAGAUUACAUUACGAACCUUGGGAACUCCGCAUUUUCGAUGGUAUUGAAUGUCAGUGGCCCCUAUUUUUUACCUAUCUUGUUCUGGGCGCAUGUUUUGACGGGAACUUUGAGCUCGCUAAAAAGUACAUGGACCAAUUAGAGCAAAUAGUGCUGCGCCGAAAAAUCCCUCGUGAUACAUGGGAUGGUCCUUUGUUGCGGCUUGGUAACUCCAAACCCGCUGAAAUCGUUGAUGACGUGCUUUACCCCAUAAUGCCAGGGCUCUACUCUCUUCCUGCCGAUAAAAUUGAUGCCGAAAUUAUGGCGCCUAAUUCACAAGUUCGCAUCCCCAUCGGUUCUGCUCCACAUCUCUGGGGACAAUCCAUGUACAUCCUUGCAAGCCUCAUUAUGGAUGGACUGCUUUUACCCGGUGAAAUCGACCCUCUUGGUCGUCGUAUGGCUGCCGAACCGAAACCAGACUUGGUUGUGCAGGUAGUCGUUAUGGCAGAGGAUGAAAUUGUUAAGGAACGUCUUGCAGAGUAUAAACUUGAUGUCCAGACUCCAGCUGAGGUGUACCGUGAUUCCUGCAUUCAGAUAUACCCAGCUAAAGUUCUCCUACAAAUCUACAACCAACUUGGUGUUUGCCCCAAACUCGGUCUUACCGGAAGGACAGCCAAGGAUAUUGGUGUAAUAGCAACAAGCUCUCUUUACAGAAUCGGCAAUUCAACAAUGGCCUUCACUCCACAGUUUAUCGACAGCCACUCCUUCUAUGUGAACCUCGACGUCAACUUCAUCCUCGACGAGUUUCGAGCCAACGUCGCCUUCUUGAGACGCGUCUGGGCCUCGCCUGGCCGACCCACCCUUCUUCUUCCCGUUGCAGAGAGAUUCGUUCGAUCAGAAUCCGAUUCCCUUCUCCCGUCAAUGGUGACCGUUAUCAAGAAACUGAAGAGUGGUUACAUCAAUGGAACCCGCGUCGUACUGGGCAAUAUGUCCCAAUUUGAGGCGACAUCGUGUGUUCAGAAGCUGUCCUUCAUCAAGUCAGCUGACACCGUAAUGAAGCGUCACUCAGUGCUGCGCUCGGGGUCGCAGCGUCUGCGCCGUCUGACCCCGUCGCCGGCCCACCCCCGCGGCGUGGAGUUCAGCUCCCCCGUGAGCGCGGGGGACCAGCAGUCGUGCUACUCCAGCCUUGCCUCCACCCCCACGGGCGCCGGCGGCCUCGUCUCGCCAGGCGGCGUCCACCUCUCCAACGGACGAAUGCGCGAAGAACACGAGGGCAUCCAGCGGACGAGUCUGCGUCGCAAAUCCCUGGCUCUCGCUUGUGCCGUCUCUGUCGACUUGGCGGCAACUGACGACGACUCGCGCAACCUGCUGCGCCAACAGGCACCUCACAGAAAGUCCUUUUUGCCGCAAGACGGCAACGGAGGUGGUGGUUGUGGUGGUCAGUCAUUGGAUCGUCGCCCACCGUCGCCGUGGUCAGUGUGCUGUUGUGAGGCACACAGGAGGUCGUGUGACCGGACUCGUGCCGCCGUGUCCAGACGCGUCUGCGAGCCCCGACCGGCCCUCACCUGUCCCUCCUGUGGCGGCCUGAUGGGUCGCCGCGGGUCGAUGGACCGAGUCAGUGGCGACGCCUCGCCGUUGCAGCCCUUGCGCCUUCAAACGGACCACUCGAAAGACAUUGGCCAGGACGAAAAGGUGUAUCUGAUGCCUUGGCGCGAGCAGGACUCCAAUUCGACUGAGAGACCUCCGACCGACGUCCCUCGUACACAGCACCCGAUUUCCUACAUCCCCCUAUCUUGUUCAGACGGUCUAAACCUCCAUCGACUGCGUGAUGGCGAGCUGCCCAGCUCCUCCGACCACAUCUACGAGCCGGCCUUCCGCCGCAUCAUGAUGCGUCCCAAGGCCGGUGGUGACGAAGAGUGCGGCGGCAGCAGCGUCGAGACCCAUCGCCCUGCGGACCCCCGAGUCUCCGCUUGGAGUAGUCAGCCACGCAAAACCUCCAGUGGCAGAAGCUCCCAGAGCGGGGCUUCGGCUGGAAGUCAGUAUGCAGAAGCAACUGAUGAAUGGCUCUCUGAGUUGAACCCUGAACAAUUGGUGGAGUACCUACAACAGACUGGAAACCUCGCCAAACAGGCGGAAAUACUUGGCAGGCUGAAACAAAUCAAGGGCUUGGAUUGGGAUACCGGGAUUGACAGCGAGAACCCCGCUACUGUUAGGAGCCUUCUGAAGGAGGUAUGUUCCCUAACGAAUAUGGUGUAUCAAAAGGCCUGUCAAAAUCAAGACUGGUUCCUCCUUCGUUACAUCGCCGGUCUACUGGAAAAAAUUGCUGACCAACUGGCAACGGCUGUGUCGAGCAUAUUGAUUUUGCAAAAGCAAAUCACCGUGGGUCUCCCUCCGAAGCCCCGUGAAAAGGUUAUCAGUGCCCCACUUCCGCCAGUGCAAAUCGCUCAGCUCAUCCAAGAAGCCUGUGGUGAGGACAAUCUCAUGGCGAUGCUCACACAGGAGAUUCUGCUCCACCUCUCCAUGUUCGCCCGUUCCCACCCAGCUCUACUGGCCAAUGUUCUGCGGCUGCGAACUGGCCUGAUCAUAAAGCUGAUGGGCACUGAGUUAGCUCGGUCCAUGGAGAGCUCGGUGGAGGACGCCUUGCUUGCCCUAUUCUACAUGAGUCCCUACGAAACCAACUGUCUCCUCGCUAACCUCCUCUCUGGUAAUGAAAUCCGAGCAGUCAAGAUCGGUAAGUGGCUCUCUGUCUCUCUCUCGACGGGCUACCGGCUCUACUGGCGGUUGGGUAGUUUUCGUGUUUUCGGCAUCACGUCGCGACUGGUACCUCCCUACCAGUACAGCCCGCAAAACCUGGUGGACUCGCCAUGCGAUGCCUCCUACCUUGUCUCCCCGGCAAUCUCAAUCCCUCAAAGUCCUUCGGGGACCACGAGGACAUUUGCGAUUCGUGCUCGGGCGGGUUCGAUGGCCGUCACGGGUGUGAGCGAGCCCCCGACGGAGGUUCGUGACCUCUGGUCCCGUCGGCGCAAAAUCGAUGGCUCCCUCAACCGCGUGCCACCCCAGUUCUUCCAGUGCACUUACAGCAUCCUCGAGAGGCUCCAGGGUCUGCGCAUAGGCGAAAACACGCUCACCACCACGCUGACCAAAGAGAUGACAAAGGAGGAACUGAAGUUUGCACUCGCGGUUGAGUCCUUCAUAAACACGGUUCCCACACCCGAAUACCGCCAACUUCUCGUUGAGGCAACCACAGUUCUCGGCGCCCUUGUCACCCACGACGACGAUGCGCGCAUCCAGCUCAAUUGCAUCGUCUCGCUCGACGACCUCGUGGCCAAUGCAAACCGCUUAUUUCUGGAGGACCAAGCCGCAUGUGGAGCCAACGCAACACUUUGCUGUGCCAGUGGGUUGGUGCCGGCCUCGAAGCGUUCACCGCCCUCGGAAGAGGUCCUAGCCACUACGCCGACAGAAUCCAAUCCCUCCGGUGUCGCCCGCAAGCUGGGCGUUUGCAACUACCAGGGCUCACACACCGCGCCGCCCCUGAAGUGCCGUGGAUCGCAUCGCAUCUGCCACUACUUCUAUGACACCCCUCCGGCGGGCCGUUUCGGUACCAUGGCCUACAUGGUGCGCGCCCUCUCCGUCCUCAUUGGCGACUCCCUACCGGUGGGCAAAUCCGGCAACAUCGCGAUCAACUGUUCCGUCACCUAG